AUGGCCACUUCCCAGCUCUUCCUAAUCCUAGCCAUUCUAGCAAUUUUUGCACCUUCAAUUUUAGCAACAGAUUAUGUUUUUGGCGACUACAAAGGGUGGACGAUUAAUUUUGAUUACCAAGCUGGGGCUCGGGGAAAGAUGUUCUAUGUUGGUGACAACCUGGACUCUGUGCCAUUAACAAGUGGAAAGGAUGCGAUCAACCUUGCAACCCCAGGAAGAAAAUGGUACAUUUGUGGUGUUUCUCAGCACUGUUUAGAUGCUGGCCAGAAGCUUGCUAUAACUGUGUUUCCAUCAUCCUUUGCUCCUAGCCCUAGUCCCACCUGGGGAUACAGAUCAUACAGCUACCAGAAAGAGAAUGCUGCUUCUAGCCCUGGCCCCACCUGGGGAUACAUCAACUAA